CCAAUAGGGGAAUUCCUUGUUCGGUUUACCGCACAAUAAAAAAGUCACAUGGAAGUUAAUGUAUUUCUCUAUAAGUACAGUUGCGGUACAGAUGCAAUGUAGUCGAGCACUCUCGUUUUACUUUUAAAAUUUAAAUCCAAAGAUCCAUAACUCGUGGAGAUUAUAGAAAUCCAAUUACGGACUUAACCAUUAAAGUGAUUGGUCAAGGUAAUCAUCAACCGGCAUUAAAAAUAAUGAAUUCUGGAUUUUUUUAAACAAGCGGUUAGUAACGUAAUUUAUAAUUGAAGUAAGUGUAAACAAACAAUUAAAAUUUGACUAUGGACAAUAAAAAUAGUUUAUUUGACUGUUGUUGGGAACAAUGAAACAUAGCACGUAAAUAUGGAGAAUAAAGUCGAGAAUAUGCGGGUAUUCUCGCAAGUUGUGGCGGUUAUGGUAAAAAACCUACUAAUGUUAUCAAUUGGGAUGAGCGUGGGAUACGUCGGAAUCAUAAUUCCCGCUUUGACUGACCCAAAUUCGAAGGAAUCAAUUUAUAUGGACGAGGCACAAACGUCUUGGACCAGUGCCAUUAUACCACUCGCUUCCUUAAUCGGCAGUGCCUUCUCAGGUUCAAUUACGGAACCACUCGGCCGAAGAGGUUCCAUGAUUAUACUCACCGUACCAUGUGUAAUAUCGUGGAUCAGUUACUAUUUGGCCGAGGAGAGUUGGCAAAUAUUUGCAACCUUAAUUCUCCAUGGUUUUACCAAUGGUCUCGUCAAAGCGCCGGUUCUCAUUUACGUUGCCGAAGUAACGGAACCACGUUUGCGAGGGUUGCUAGCAUCAACGACUUUGCUGUCAACGAGUAUUGGAAUCUUUCUUGCGUUUCUAAUAGGCAGUUUACUACACUGGAGAAUAGCAGCUUUGGUUUCCUGCACUGUGCCGUUGAUAAGCGUAUGUUUGCUCUCCAGGCUACCAGAAACACCGUACUGGUUGCUAGCGCAGAACAAGCCAGAGGAAGCGCGUAGAAGUCUGGCGUGGUUAAGAGGCUGGACUUCUGAAGUUAAGGUAGAACAAGAAUUUCAACAGAUCCAGAAGAAUGUUCAAAUGCACCCCGCUGGUGUGGACAACCCUGCGUUCGAAGACGACAGUGGCCGAGUGAUCCCACUAACCAAAUUCAUCAACGCGGCACGACCAACGGUUAAAGAUCUGGCAAAAAGAAGCUUUUUGCGCCCAUUCUCUUUAAUGGCCUUCCUUUUCAUCUGGUCGAACUUCAUUGGUGUAGGAACAACUCAAAUUUAUAGCGUGGUAAUUUUUUCUACAUUCAAAGCACCAGUGAAUAAGUAUUAUGCCUCUGUACUAAUGAGUUCUGCCCGAGUGUUGGCAAGUAUACUGUGCAUUUUUGUCGUUCGCUUGUAUGGAAAACGUCGAACCGCUAUGGUAUCAUCAUUCGCGCUUUGCUUAUGCAGUAUGUGCAUAGGCAUCUAUGCAUACCUUUGUGAUGUGACGCAGUUGAAUUUUACAAGCGACAGUGCGCCGAUACAUGAGAAUCACACGAACCACGCAUGGAUUUCAUUAGCACUGCUAAUUGCCUUCGCUUUUGUUGGCAACUGCGGACCCGCUAAUUUACCUUGGACACUAGUAGCGGAAGUAUUUUCGAAUGAGGCACGUAUUAUGGGCUGUGGCUUGCUUACCAGUUUUCAUUACAUAUCGUCAUUUACAACAAACGUCGUCUAUUUGGACAUGGUUUCCCAGUUUUCGUUCGCCGGUGUUUAUUGGACCUUUGCUUGUAUUAGUAUUGUUGGAUUACUUGUCAUUUUUUUCCUAUUGCCAGAGACGGAUGGACGAAAUGAUGUUGUUGAUCACUUCAUAAUCCGUUCUGAUUUAAGUAAUAGCAUCAAGAGGAAGUCGGUGGAGUAUAGAAACAACGUCAUUUCCGGAUCCAACAUAUAAUAUAUAAAUAACUAGAUAAUAAUGCUCUUUGUUUUAAUAAGAUUUGAACACAGAUGGCCUGUACAAUG